GUAACCGCGGUUAGUUGCGCGCGCGCGGCAUCCUGUAGCAUCGUCCCCAGAGUCCUCCUUGGUCUGCUCGCUUUCUCGGUCUUCGCGCGACCGUCCUCAGAAUCCGCCGAAAUCAAGCCGAUCGCCAUGGCAGAAGAGUACCUGUACGGAAUCACCCUCGAGGGAGUCAACUCCAGCGAGAUCUGGGACCCUGAGCACAAGAACGAUGACGCGGAUGGCACCAACCAGCAUUUCGGCGUCGAUCAGAAGCUCAUUAUCAAAAUGGCACUGUUAGGGCCAGAAGCAAAAAUGGGUGAAUUAAACGUCCUUCAAGUAGAAGCGAUGGGACUGAAAGGGCCGAUCAAGACGCCAAUCGCUCUGUUGGAAAUGGGAAAGACGGCACAAAUUAUUCUCGAUUUGAGUUUUCCUGACCCUCCAGUGACUUUCACGUUGGUAAAAGGAAGCGGGCCAGUACACAUAGUAGGACACAAUCUUCUGGGUACACACAUGGAGGAGUUUGAUGAUAUGGAAGAUGAAAUGGAAGAAGAAAACAUUGACGAUGAGGAUGACGAGAAGGAUCCUGAAGACGAAGAUGACGACGAGGACGAACCUAAGAAGAAGAGUGCCAAACUGAUAACCGCGGCCAAAAACAAAAAUCAAGCCAACAAGAACAAGAAAAAAUAAGCGCUAGCCUUACGCCCCGAAACACACAAAACACACACCCGACACAGACUACACACUUAAGUUAGGCCGUUAAACGUAAGUCCUCACCAUCAUCCGCAUUCCUGCGAGUCAAUCAUCAUUUCACUGAAUUCUCAUUAUCAUGUCGAGUGUUGCAUCCCACAUUUUAAAAAAAAAUGAGUCAAAGCAGGGCCAAAAUCAAACUCGCGAGCAAUAGCAAAGUUAAAGAGAAGCCCACCUUUCGGGCUUAUGCACAUUCAAAUGCAACAGGAGCGAGGUCCGUCGAGAGAAGUUUGUCCAGACCUCGAUAUUUGAUCUUCCAGACAUCGGUAAACCUUGAGAAUUUUGAAUUUAAUUUUAAUUAUCCCAGAGGAGGGAGUACGAUUCUUCUUUUUUUUUUUUUUAAUUUUAUUUUUAAUCAUUAGAUAGAAGGUCCAACUCUCUUGGACGGUUUGUAUGAACUUAGGUACGUAAUAUUUAUCUCCCGUAACAAAGAGUUUGCAUUUCUCGAUGCAAGGAGAGAACGGGUGCGAAUUGGACGAUCCUCGUAAGAGAUACCUUUCCGUUGACUUUUAUUAUUAGGGCCAAAAAACCCAUCGAUCUUAUUACUUAACGCAGUUACACAGCGAACGUGUUUGAAUGUGCAUUGGUCAUUCCAUACAACCUCGCCAGGCUUGACAGUCGGACAGAAAUGUCAGACCCAAGCGGAGAAGAGAACCAUCGACAAGCUGUCACUUGUCUCGUCAACAGUGAAGGUGCAGCCUGUCGUCGAGUUUUAAUUCCUCCCUUGUGUACACACAGUGGAUGUAACGUGGAUCGAUUUCGGCAAGAGUGUCAUCGCCUCUGUUUUAAAUUCUAACGAAGCCAAGUUCACUCGGUGCACCCACCGAAGUAGUUGUAUCACUCGAAAUUGUUAACUCCGGAGCGUUGGUGCGAUUUUAUAAGGACGAUCGAGAUUACGGUCGUAUGAGAUAACACCCCGGGGACCGUAAAUUCGGAAGUAAAAUCCAGUCGCACGUAGAGUUACGUUCUUGUCUUCUCCUUGACUACGCUAGGCCUUUUGUAAAAACAUCGAACGAGGCUUGUUUCUCGUCCAAUGUUCGUACGAGGGUGCGAUCGCAAAAGUUUGCCGUGUUGAAGCUACAUUUUCACUUUCUGCAUAUUACAAAACGCCAAUUGGCUCUCAAUUUUGCUGCGAGCUGGUAAAAAAAAUUAAUAUUGGACCGAUUCCAAUCCUUUCGCGACGAGAACGAGGAAAACGAACGACAUGUUUUCGUUUUAACGCCGUAUAUAAACAUUGUAUGUACUUGGCUGCAACCUCUAUACAAUCUUGCCAAAUUCGAAUACGCGAACGAACAUAUGAAUGUUGUAUUUGUAACUAAUGUACGUUUCCUUUUUUAUGCCGACCGCAAAAUGUCACUUAUUUAUUUAAAAACUUUUGGUCCUGGGCUCAAACUGCUGAGCCAAAUUCCAAAGAUACAGAUACAGAUCAUUAUUUAAUGUGCAUUGUGCCAUUAACUUGUAUGUUUGAUCUACGAUGUUUAUGGCAACAUGGGAACUGUAUAUAGACUGUGACGUCCAGUUUUAAAAUGGAAUUUCAUAAAAGCUAUAAAGUGACCGUGGAGAUGAAGGAAUCAGCACAAGCUGUAAAAUAUCUCGUUCAUUGUAAGAUAAUGAUAAAGAAAAGGGAUGUUUCACCGUUACAUGUAUAUUCUUCAGAUUUUAUGAGGUUUCAUUUUAAAGCUGACGUACUGUGCUUCGAACAAGUUCAUAGAUCUCAACCGAGGCACUGCGUCUCUUUACUCUAAGCUUACGUACAUACUGUAAAUAUUUUGGAUCAAGAGUAAAUAUCAGCUGGCAGUUUUACAAAUUAGUGAUUCGUAAUUCACGUUAGAAGAACUAUAUUACAUGGUUGGCAAAAAAAAAAAGGAUACACAGAAGUUACAAGUGUUCAUUCGCUUAUUCAAAUUUGGGAAGAAAAUUGUAUACCGAGAUUGUAGCCAAGUGUGAAUGUACAAUGUAUACAUCUUUAACGUGGAAGCAUGUGCUCGUCCCUCCGUGUUUUUUUGCUGUAGUUAAAAUUAUUCCGAUUUUUUUCUUUUACAGCGAUUUGCUGUAUGCAGUAAGUUGUAUAGUAGCUUUAGGUGCGUUCUAGGCGAUUUUUUUUCCCCGUGUGGCGAAAACGCAUCGGCGAAAGGAUAUAUCGAUAGUUAUCGAAUUGGCGUUUCAAAAGUCCCGCCUCUGGCGAGAGUGUUUCCCCUCGGCCGGAAAUCCUGCCCCUUCCGUUGGUUCGCCCGGCUCGAGCGCUCCAACGGAAUGGACCGCGCUUCCCAUUGGCCCUUUCCGUUGGGCCGCGCCUGGCGGGCGAUUCAAACGGCAACCCGGCGGGAGGCCUCUUGUAAAUCGAAUUUUUGACGGAGUUCCAAGUCCAUCUUGUCGGCGAAACGAACGAGAAAGUGUCCAAUAAGUUAUCCUCUAUCCUCCGUGGCGUUUAAACCGAAGGGACGUGGUUUGCGAUCGCUAUUCCAAAGAAAAAGGCACCCACGGUAUCGCGCGUCUACUAGCUAAUAAACGAUUUAAACACUGAUAGAAGGAGCGUAUUUGUGUGUCAUCGUUCGGCAUUCAUUCCAGUUUAAUUGAAAGGUAAUAGAAGACAUGGGAGAAAAGAAAAAAAGGGGGUUGCAGGCAUACUCCAUGAGACACGGAUGCUUGUACGGUGCACGUCGCGUCCGUGCGAUUGGUAGUUGCUGUACACCAAUUUUGUACAUAUACGAUACAAUAAAAAAUUUCACAUAACUUUUAA